GACAGGAGGAGACAUGGCGACAGCAAACGAAAAUUCCGUUGUUUCGUUACGCAGUAAUCCUUUCUCGAGGCGUUCGGUGGAGGAAAAAAAAAGAAUAAAGGAGCUUGGACCGGAGCAGCCUGAUAUACAAAUCCAGCAGCAGGCAAGUGACAGGGGAAGGAGUUCUAGAGGCUUCUCCCGUUUGUGUUACACCAAACACAGUUUGCUAGCUGGAUGUGGAGUUAGCAAUGCUCUCUAUUGCUUUCCAUGCUUGCUUUUUCAAAGUGUUGGCAGUGGCACUGAAGCUCUGUGGACAACAACUGGGGUCAGAGACCCGAAACAUCUCUCUGAAAAAUGCAAACGGCAUGAAAGUAGCCGUAGCCACCUUGACAACAGCAUGAAGCUACAGUUUUUUGGCCCGGUUAGCAUUGCUGAACAAUUAGAUGAGGGCUACAGAGUUGGCAUUAGAAGGCACAAUGAAGAGGUGAAUGAACAAAAAAUCGUCACAUACUGUCCAGGAUAAUAGACUGUGAAAUUUUGUGGGGCCUUUGAAUUGGCUUUACGUGGCCAUGAUGAGAGUGAGAGCUCUGUCAACCCCGGGAUAUUUCGUGGGCUGGUGGAUUUUGUUGCCUCUCUGGAUGGAGCUUUGAAAGAGCACCUUGAGACUGCCACUGUUUUUAAGGGUACUUCAAAAACUGUCCAAAAUGAGCUCCUGGAUUGUAUGUUGUCUGUUGCAAGGGAGCAAAUAAUUAAAGAAGCUCAAAAGAGUGUUUUUGUAUCAAUCCAGGCAGAUGAGACAACAGAUAUUUCAACACAGACCCAACUUGUGCUUGUACUACGCUACAUUGAUGACACAGUGUGCAGGAAAGAUUUUUUGAGUUCAUUCCUCUGCAGUCAUCUACUUCUGAGUCCAUUGCUACUGCAUUAAAAGAGCGUCUUGCUGCCAUCAUUCCUGAGGAUCAGAAAAGCAAGCUAAUCUGCCAGGCAUAUGAUGGAGCCAGUGUGAUGAGGGGUGCCACUGCAGGUGUUCAGAGGAAAAUCAAAGAUGAGUACCCAAAUGCCCACUAUAUCCACUGCUAUGCACACCAUUUCAACCUGAUCAUGCAACAGGCCAUCUCUCACAUUUCCAAGGUGAGAAUUUUUUUUUCUGACCUGGGUGGAUUUGCCAGCUUUUUUUCCAGAUCACCCAAGCGUACAGCUGUUCUUGAUAUAAUGGUGGCCCAUAGACUGCCAACAUCCAGCAAUGUCAGAUGGAACUUUCACAGCCGAGCCAUCAACACUGUGUUUGAGCACAGACAGGAUCUCAUUCAGUGUUUUGAGAACAUACGCGACUCGGGUGACUUUGACCCCAAAACCAUGAGAGUUGCAGAAGAGAUCUGCAACACCAUUCUGGGACACACCAGGGAGUGCUUCUCCUUCACCGACCAUCUUGUCUGUGCAACCUUGCUGCAGGGGGACAGGUUUGAGGACCAUCAGGGGGCAUUUCCUGAAGAGACACUACAAAGCAUGCUGAAGGCCUACAAAAUGCUGAAUGGAAGCAAACUGAAGACAGAGCUCAGUCUCAUCUACAGCAAAGUAGAGUUCAGAGCCUGUUGUGGUGCAGUGGACCUGUUCCAGCUGUUCAUGGAAAACAAUCUUGAAGAUGUCUUUUCAGAAACUGUCACUCUCUUAAAGAUCCUCAUCACCACACCCAUCACCACAGCUGAAGCAGAGAGGUGCUUCUCAACCUUGAAAAGAGUGAAAACCUUCCUCAGAAACACCAUGACCCAGGAGAGGCUGAAUGCACUGGCCAUGCUCUCCAUGGAAAAGAGUCUUGUUUGUGAAAUGACAGAUUUCAAUCAGAAAGUCAUUGAACAAUUUGCUGGCUUGAAGGAGAGGAGAGCAACAUUUAUGUUCAAGUAGUUUAUUGUUGUGUUGUAAUCCCCGCCCGCCAGUGCGCCCCCCCAGAUUUUUUUAGCACCAGCCGCCACUGAUUGCAAUAAAAAUAAAUCCAUCCUUUUUUAUAGUUGACGGUGAGAAUUUAUAUCCUAGAUUAUAAUUGUUUUAUCUUUGGUUGAACAGAACAAUCAGUGUAAGAGUGUUGGCCAACAUAAUAAUCUAAAUAAACAAGAACCUGGAUUCGGGGAUACAGCCUGUAUCUGGGGGGCGAGACAGAUGAACAGCAAAACAGCCAUGGAAACAAAGACGUUUCCAUGGUUGCAACCAAGCAAGCUAGAACCAUACAGGGCUCACAACAAAACGGUCGACAAAACACAUUUUUACAGGGCUCACAACAAAAUGGUUGAGCAAACACAUUUGUACAGAGACUAUCAACAUCAGGAAUACCACGAAGACUAAGUCCACCCGAGGGUACUUUCAAUUUCAAAAGCAACACGGCCAAGUCGGCGGCUGAUUUACAGUCUUCUUUUUCUUUCAGUUCACACUAUUCCUGAAAAGCUCGCCCAACGUUUACUCGUGUCUGGCCUCUCUGUCGGUCAGUAUCCCUUUUCUCUUCUUCUGUUCCUCCGCAUUGGGUUUCUCUGUCUCUUUUUAGUCGGCUGAUCUAUGAUGAAUGUAACAAUCCCUUAGUUACUUGUGUUUAUAUCAAGCCGGUUCCGUGUUUGGGGGUCUGUGCCUUAAAGGACAAUUCCGGUAUUUUGAUCAUUGGGCCCCCUUUCUGGUUUGUUUAGGAUGAAAUAGAGUGGGUGACACCGAAAUUUGAACUAUUAGUCCUUUCUCGGGUAUUUGGCUCAUUUUGAAUCGCUCCUGCCUGCUUCACAAUGGUUGUCUGUGUGCAUACACAAACCUGUCAACCCAGCAACCCUAAACGUUCAUUUUCAAAAAUGUGCAAGUAACCGAGUGGUUAGUGGCAUUCGUGAAGUUUAAAAAAA